AGAAGAAGAAAAAUACUUUAGUUAUCCUACCUGUGGGGGAAGCUGAAAGUUCAAACAUGCCCACAGCUGGUUUUUAUUAUGAGGCUCAGGUCAGUGAGUUUUAAAAUUACAUUAUUUUAGUUUUCUGUGACAUUAAGAUCCUUAACUCAAAAUCAAAAUGAAAGGAAAGGUGAGUGUUUGUGGAGAUGAGUGGUAACAAAGAUAAGAGAGUAGUUUCAAUAUCAACAGGUGAGUAAAUGAAGUGUAAAAUAAUAACAUAGCGGUAAUAACAGAAGAUUAUUCUUGAAGCACUAAUCAAACCAAAAAGUGCUUUACAAGGAAAAUUAAAAAGUCACAAUACAGAUACAAAGUCAUAUUCACACGCAAAGAGUGAGAAUAGUAAACCAUAAAAUAUUUUACCAGUGGUGGAAAGUAACUUACUCAAGUGUUGUACAGCACUUUUUACUCCACUACGUUUAUUUGACAGAUAUAAUUGCUAUUCAUGUUUCAUAUAAAGAUUUUUCCAUGCAAACAUACAAGCUUAUGAAAUACAACACAUUGUUAAAUAUUGAGCCAGAGGUCCCCAAGCGUUUUGGCUUGUGUACUCUCAUAAUAAAUCAGUGUCUAUUUGGGGUUACAUUUCUGAUGUCUAAGAAUUGUUUGCAGCUCCACUAAAGAUACAUUGAUUUCACAUGGCUUCAUUUUAAUAUGGUUUUGAAUAUCUAACCAAACAUAAAAAAGUUUAAACUAGCUCCACCUCAACCAGCAAGAAAAAAUAAAAAUACAAUGCAAUUUUCACAUUAAUGUUCAAUAUUAAUAAUUUAAUAUCUUAUGUAAUAAUAUACAAAUCACAGUUUUGGGUUUGAUACUUUAAGUAUUUUGUGAUAAUACUUCUGUACUUUUACUUAUGCAGGAUUUUGAGUUUUUUUUUUUUUUAGCAAACUGUAUACAAGCAUAAAAACACAUACAUGCAAAGAAACAAAAAACAAAUAAAAAGAAAAAGUAAUUUAAAAGAGGAUACUGAUUUUAAAACAAUAAAAAAUAAUAAUGAUGUAAUAGCCCACAACAUUAGGUGACUGUGGUACAGAGAUACAUUCCCAGACUGGGCUGCUCUGAUGUAUAGAUGACACAACAGCACUCUCAAGUGGCGCAUAUCACAGGUGAAGCCAUGUUUCUGUUCAGUUAAUCUAAUGUUGGUCGGUGCCUUUAUUGUGUUAAACUUGGCCUACAAUUGACUGUUUUAACCAAAUGCUUCAAAAUUCAAGUUUGGAAAUAUCUACAAUUCAAACAAAAGGAUGAUUUUGUUUCCCCCAAAAGUCACUUUCAGUGUGAAAUCAGAAAUAUCUGCACCUCACAACUUUUCUGUUAUGUUUUCUUUGUCUUCUAAGUCUGCGCUCAGAGGUUAUCUGUUUGCCUUCGCAGCUUUGUUUGCCACAGCAACAUCCCUUCACAUUUAUUUAUUGUUUUUAAAUUGCACUUUGGUCACUGUUGGGGACUGAGGGAGGGAGGACAAAGUUCACAGGGCGCAUGUAAGGAGGAGGGGGUGAAGAGGAGGAAGGUUAAAAAAAAGAAAAAAGAAGAAAAUUGACCUUUGAAAGCAAAACAGCAGGUGGAGAGCUAAAACCAGACAGCUCAGGAGGAAAUUCAACACAGAGGAAAAUGAAAGUAUACGUUCUGUGGAGCUGAAGAGGGACUACAGAUAUAAUGAGGCCCAACGCUGGCUGCCUGGCUCUCAUUUGAGUGUGGUAGUGCACAUGAGAGCAGUGUUUGUUCGCGAGGCAGUGGCGAGGAAAGGCAACAGACUAAUGGAGGGAGAGGAUACUACCAGGGCAGCCAAGGCGAGGCCGAGCCGUCUGACUGCCCUUCAGGAGCAGCUGAUCUGGGCCCUGCUGGGAUCUGGACUGUCUCGGGACGUCCUGGUCCAAGCCAUGGGGGAACUGGAGCAAGACAGGGCGAGCGCUGGCGCCGAGAGGGGAGAGAGGGGGGAUGGAGAGAGCUCCGAGGAGGGAGAAAUGGAUUUCCCACCGCCCAUAUUCCGUGAGCUGGAGAAGUUUCCCCCAGAGGAGGCAGCCAAACUGAGGGUUGAAGUCGACCGGCUACUGCAGGAGGACCCCUGGCAUGUUGCAAAAAUGGUGAAAAGCUACAUGCAGCAGCACAACCUCCCUCAGAGAGAGGUGGUGGAGUCCACAGGACUCAACCAGUCCCACCUCUCCCAGCACCUCAACAAGGGCACGCCCAUGAAGAACCAGAAGAGAGCUGCUCUGUACAGCUGGUACGUCAAGAAGCAGUGCGAGAUCAGCCAGCAGUUUACCAAUGCCAAACAUGGCCUCGCAUCACUGGAGGAGCAAGGAGAAGAUACCAAGAAAGGCCGGAGGAACAGGUUCAAGUGGGGUCCAGCAUCCCUGCAGAUCCUUUUCCAUGCCUACGAACGACAGAAGAACCCCAGCAAGGAGGAGAGAGAGGGGUUGGUGGAGGAGUGUAACAGGGCAGAGUGUCUCCAGAGGGGGGUGUCCCCCUCUCAGCUGGCUGGACUGGGCUCCAACCUGGUAACUGAAGUUCGGGUGUACAACUGGUUCGCCAACCGCCGCAAAGAGGAGGCCUUCCGUCACAAACUGGCCCUCGACACGCCUUUCACCAACCAAUCUGCCUCAUCUUCCAACCUCAACCUUCCACCAAGUCCCGAGCACGGUGUGAAAUACAGCCAGCAAAUCCUAUGUGACACUGUGAGCUCAGCCAGGGGUAGCGGAGGAGAGAGAGUGGGACGUCUUGCAGUCAGCCCUGUCCAACUGGAGCCAAGCCACACACUCCUCGAGACCCACAACCCCAAGCCGGUGUCCAGUGGAGGCCCACUGCCCCCAGUAAGCACUCUGACCUCCCUACACAGUCUGUCUGCCUCCCCUGCUUCCUCACAGGGCCUCAUCAUGGCCUCACUGCCCAGCAUCAUGAGCCUGGGGGAGUCCUCACUUCUCAUUGGUUUAGCCUCCACGCAGCCUCAGACCGUACCUGUUAUAAACAAUGUAGGGGGAGGUUUCACAACGCUUCAGCCAAUCUCAUUCCAGCAGCAGCUUCACGCCUCUCCACAGCAGCCAAUAUCACAGCAGCUUCAGAGUCACAUGGGCGCCAGUCCAUUCAUGGCAACCAUGGCACAGCUGCCAUGUCACAUGUACAACAAGUCGGAUUCGCCCCAGUACCAUUCAUCCAGUCUGCUGUCACAAGCCAUGGUCAUCACUGACAGCAGCAGCCUGGGGACCCUGACCAGCCUCGCUGCCGUCAGACAGAUUCUAACAGCAGAUCCUGAGGAACAGACGGACCCACCUUUACAGGAGGAUUCUCUGCAUCUGCAGCCAAACACACCUGUGCCAGCAUCUUCUGAGAGCUUGGAGCUGUACCCUGCCUCUCAGACGACAGACAGCCAUCAGUCCCACCUCCUCUCGCCUUCACCAACAGAUAUCAGCUCCUACAUUCCUACACAAAUGGUCUCGACUGCACAGUAGAAGCGCUGUGGGAAUGUAGCGUCUCCUCACUAUCAGCUGGACUCAGUUUUGUGACAGACAGCUACCUCUGGUGUUAAGCUCCCACAGAAACCUGGAGUCACGGGGACAUGAUGUUUCAAAGACUCUCGGACGCAAACGCCAUACAACUGCAAUGUGAACAAGGAUGCACGUUAAAGAUGUGGAAGAUUUGAUACUCAAGAGAAUCAACUGAAAAUCAACACAAAAAUGUAUUUUUAUUAAAAUAAUGUUUUGUAAUAUUCAGAAAUUGUAAAUUCAGGUGAAACUUAUGAAGCACUUGUUACCUGCAUUAUUUUUUAACUCACUGCCUUGAAAUGCUUUUUUCACAUUUUAAUGAGUCUCUUUCAAAGUAAAGGCUAUUUGAAGAAUAA